AUGUCCUCGUCCCUCCCCGCGGAGCUGGCCGCCACGGUCCAGGCUGCCCACAUCCGGACCGACCCGGACCCCAAGCUCGACAUCGCCCCGUCUACCGCCGCCGAGAAGAGGGUGCCCGUCGCCCUCGAGAGCUCCCGGUACAGUGACAUCGGCGACGACGGCGUCGAUGACGAGGACGAGGACGAGAUUCCCUACAGUGUGCUUCGCCCGGCGCCGCGGAAACACAACCUCCCGCCUCUGCCCGACUUGCGCUUCGAGCAGAGCUAUCUCCACAGCAUAGCAAAUGCCGACACCUGGUGGAAGGUGAUGCUGAUCACGAUGCGAGAUCAGGUCGUCAUGCCCUUGGCCCAAGGUCUGAUAUACAACCUCCUCCUCUGUGGCUGGCAACACUGGAAUCGCAAUGCAAGGCUACACGGCAACACAGUAGGCGCCAGGGUACGAAGGUGGUGGUACGGCGUCAACGACUGGAGAAUACCGAAUCGGAGGAGCAGGGUCUUAUGA